AUGAAACUGCUCGAACAACAGCUCUAUUUAUGCGCUUGUCAACCCUCAUUUUCUCUCAUCUUAAGAGCAAGAGGGAAUGUGUGGAUAAAAAAUGUGAACAUCGUGCACGUACAAUCCUGUGCUCAUCAUGACUGGAAGAGGAAAGGGAGGAAAGGUCUGGGUAAAGGAGGAGCCAAGCGUCACCGAAAAGUGCUGCGGGAUAACAUCCAGGGCAUUACCAAGCCCGCCAUCCGCCGUUUGGCUCGGCGUGGAGGAGUGAAACGUAUCUCCGGCCUCAUCUACGAGGAAACUCGUGGCGUGCUGAAAGUGUUUCUUGAGAAUGUGAUCCGUGAUGCGGUCACUUACACUGAACACGCCAAGCGUAAGACCGUCACCGCUAUGGAUGUGGUGUAUGCUCUGAAGCGUCAGGGCCGUACUCUGUACGGUUUUGGAGGUUAAAUUCAACGUGCUCUAACAAACCUCCAAAUGGAGUCUCAAAUCAAACGGUCCUUUUCAGGACCACAA